AAAUUUCAGAUAAAAAGUACCUGGGUGAAUAUUAGUGAGCCUACAUAUUUACAAUGUCUUGUAGAAUUCUUAACAAAUAAAUCAUAAAUGAAAUUUUGUUGUGAAAUUGCAAGUGUAGUUUCGAAUGAAAAUAUCAAAAUGCCAAGUUUAACAUACAGUUAACUAGUGGUGAAAACAUGUUAUUAAAAUAAUAAAAAAUACCAACAUGUAUUUUGUUAUUUUGUUUUUAAUAGUAUUUGAAUAUGUAGUCCAAGGAAUUUCAAUCGAUGAAGCUUUUCAAGAAGCUGGAUGCCUUGUUCGAUGUAAAGAAAUUUCGUGUCUAAAUAAUUGCCGUAAUAUCACACUUGUUCAAGAAAGGAUCCCAGUAAGAGCCAAUUUCAAUGCUUCUCUACAUUGCAGAGAUGUAGAUUUUCUAAGUAUUUUACAUAGCCCUGGUACUUUUGUAAUCGAGCAGAAUACAAGUGAUGACAACAUCUGGAGUAAUCCUGUUGUGUAUGAUGGGAGAAUAUCAAUGUUUUUUGAUCUACAACCCGGUACAAGAUAUCGAUAUCGUUCUCACAAAAUUACAAAAGAAGGAAUUUCGCUGCCGGAAAUAUCUGAUUGGUUUCAGACAACUGCAAAUAACGUUCAACCAGAACCGAUCAGCUAUAUUUUUGUCCAAAAAAUUAUACCUGAUGGUAAAAAUGAUACUCACUUGAAAGCUGAAAUUAUUUUAGAUCCAGCUAAAGAUCGAUCUUGCUUUUAUGAUAUUCUUUCCUGGACCCAAGAUGAAGGAUUAUCCAUCAAUCAUUUCAAUGCAAGUCAUGAUUUCAAAUUUAAUUUGCAUGGACUUGAUUAUUCCAGAAAUUAUACACUAAUAGUUUCUGCUAAAAAUCGAGGAAGUCAUAAUAAUAGUAAAAACGUUACACACAGCUUUAUAACACCCAGUUGUUCAGAUAUGUUUAAAAAUUUAACUAUAUGCCCCCCUAAUUUAGUAGAAAACUUUCAAAUUAUUGAUAUAACUGAAUUGGGAGAUAAAUUCAAUUUCAUUGUUUCAUGGAAAAAGCCAGAUAUCAUUCCAGAUAAUUAUACAAUUCAAGUAAUACCAGUUGAUGAAACGGAGAAACCUGAUAUUACUACAGUUCCUGGUGAGUCAACAGAAGCACUAUGCUCUGUUAAUAAAAGUGAAACGCUUUAUGUAAUUAGUAUUUACAGUGAAUCAGCUGGUGGAACAAGUUUACCUGUUUCAAUUUUUAGAACAUUUACUAGAGAAAAUACUUACCCAUCAACAGUUUCUAUUGAAAUGAUUAUCAUUCCAUCAGUUGCGAGUAUGAUUAUAAUUGCAACUAUAUUUUAUUUUUACUGUAAACAUAAUAAAAAACAUAAAAACGAUAUUCAUAAUAAAGUACGUAAAAAUAAAACUCAACUGAAAUACCGUAACAACAUAAAAGAUUCUAUAAAUCUCAACCCAGUUUAUGAAAAAUUGCUUAAAUCAACCCUCAACUUGGAAAAUAAAAUGGAAAAUGAAUCUUUCAUAGCAAAAGAUGUUUUUGAAAUAAAACCAAUGCAAUUGAUGAUAAAAGAUGUAUUAGGUAGUGGUAUAUCCGGAGUUGUUCGACUUGGAUUACUUCAAGUUGACCAAAAUAAAUCAAUCGAAGUAGCUGUUAAAAUGUUAAAAGAUUGCCCAAGUGCUGAAGAAAUAAGAAAUUUCAAGCAAGAAAUUUCAAUAAUGAAAUCUGCUGGUAUACAUCCUAACAUUGUUUCCUUAAUUGGAUGUUGUACAUCUUGCCAAAUUCCUAUGUUGGUUGUAGAAUACUGUAGCAAAGGUGAUUUACAAAGUUAUCUUAGGAAUAUAUGGAAAGAUAUUAUGAAUGACAUAAAUGAAAAUAAUCAUCUCAAAUCUCUUCAAGUAGCUAGAGAAAAUCCCACUUAUCUAAUUUCAUCUACUUGGAAUAAAGAUGCAGUAUCUAAUCGAAUGUACGAUAUUCAAGAAGAAUAUUCAAAAAAAACCGAAAAAAUAACAGCGAAAGAAUUAUUAACAUUUGCUUGGCAGGUUGCUAAUGGCAUGGAAUUUUUGUCGCUUAAUCGAAUAGUUCACCGUGACUUGGCUGCAAGAAAUGUAUUAGUUUGUGCAGAUUUAACGGUCAAAAUUUCAGAUUUUGGACUAAGCAGAGAUGUUUAUAGAGAAAGUGUAUAUAAGAAAAAAGGGAAUGGCAAGCUACCAGUAAAAUGGAUGGCUAUUGAAGCAUUAACUCAUCAAUUGUAUACUUCUCAAAGUGAUGUAUGGUCUUUUGGAAUUCUUCUGUGGGAAAUAGUAACUCUUGGAUGCAACCCUUAUCCAGAAAUUCCUACAAAUAUGAUUCUUCAUUAUCUAAAAUCUGGAAAACGUAUGGUAAAACCAUCCAACUGUGGUAGUCAACUAUAUGAAUUAAUGAAUGCAUGUUGGCGAACUUCACCAAAAAGCAGACCAACAUUCACUGAACUUAAACAUGCCAUUGGUAGGCUUCUAGAGAGUGUAACACAACAUGAGUAUAUAAACCUUCAGAAUGAAGCGUUUCAGGUGCCAAAUGUGAGAGAAAUAGUCGAAUAACAACAAAUGUAUCUUGAAAUUAAUAUCAGUUUAAUCCCAAUAUCGUGAUAUAGUUUUCAAGUAUCAAAUAAUUUGUACAUAAUUCUGCAAUACUUUCAUUAUCCUGUGCAAAAUUGUUUAUUGUUCUAUACAUACAUAUGGAUCUGUGGUAUAAUAAUUAUAUAUAUAUAUAUUUAUAUAUAUUAUAUAUACAUAAUCUGAAUUUAAUUCUUAAAAAAUUCAAAUAGUGAUAACGUGAAAAUAAUGAUCAAGUUUUUUCGCGUCGUUCAUCAUUCAUUAAUGAUUGAAGAUGACGGUACAAAUAGCACAAUAUGUUUUUAACAAUCUUAAAAUCAAUAUUUUUUAUAAUAAAUCCCUUGCAUUCUGUUUAUUAUUCAUUUUAAAUUUAUUAUUCUCUUUUUUGUUUUUGGUGUUUUAUUAAACAUUUUGUCAAUGUCUUCAACAUGAUAAGUCAUUUGUGUUGUGUAAGCUAUAAAAUAUCGUAAAGCAGCCAUUGCAUAUAUGUUGAUUCACAAAAACAUAAAAAUUAUUGUAAUAUAAAGGCACAUCUAUUACUUGUAAUCAUUGUCAAUAUUUAAAGAAAAAAUGUUUUAACAUAAAAUUAGCUUUUAUGAUGAAAUAAAAAUCGAUCAUUAUUUAUUUAAUCUUCAACAAAAGAAAAAAAUGUCGCUCUUUCUUAUUUAUAUUAUUCUGUACAAAUAACAGAUUCUGUUAUAUACUCUGAUAUUAACGACGUAAAAAUAUUGU